AUGGGAGGGAGGGUAAUUCGACUCCAACUCUAUAACGCAUCUUUGCAUGGAACCAUCUCGCAAUUUCUAUCCAAUCUUUCUCAACUUCAAACCCUUGAUCUAUCACACAAUUCCCUCCACGGUACCAUUCCUGAUGAGAUAAGUUCCUUAUCCAACCUUGCUAGGCUUGAUCUUAGUGGUAAUCAUUUGCGAAGCGGAAUACCUACUUGUCCUGGCAUGCUUGCAAAUCUUAUUUACUUGAACCUUUGGGAUAACCCACUAGGUGGAAAUCUUUCCACCUAUAAAUUCCACAAUUGGACCCGGUUAGAAUUUUUGGACAUUACCCAUAUUAAUUUGUACGGUCCAAUUCCUCCACACAUGGGCAAUCACCUUCAACAGCUGCAAAUGCUUUUUCUUGGCGAAAACAAUUUGACAGGGAGCAUUCCUUCUUCUCUCUCCAACAUAUCCAAGCUUCAACGCAUUGAUCUAUCAUUCAAUUCCCUAUGCGGAUCCAUUCUUGCUGGGCUAGGGUUUUUGUCUAACCUAAGCAGACUUGGCCUCAGCAAUAACAAACUGAAACAAGGAAUACCAGAUAAUUUUGGCAUGCUUUCAAAGUUAGUGUUUUUUGACCUUUCUGCAAAUGAGCUCGAUGGCUACCUUCCUACCUCCAUUUUCUACAACUGUACCUUGUUGGAAACAAUACACCUUUCCGAUAAUGCCUUCAACAGUCCUAUUCCUCCACAGAUAGGAUCUCAUCUUCAUGCUCUACGAGAAACUGCUACUUGCAAACAAUAG